AUGUCCAACGCGACCUCCAGGGUGGGUUUUGUGGAACGGAUCGCAGCCAUCACCCUGACCACCGCCUUCUGCUCAAUCAUCUUUUUUGUCAAUGGUGCUAUGUUGUUCACCUUGAGGAAUAAAGGUGUUUUUCGUGAAACGGCGCGCUACAUCCUGCUGUUCAACCUGCUGCUUGUAGACACGCUUCAGCUAAGCAUCAGCCAGCUAAUGUUCUGUCUAAGCGCCUUUCGCUUCACCCUUUCGUAUCCCGUGUGCCUCCUUCUCUGCUUGUUGGCCAGUCUUCUCACUAAAAUGUCUCCUGUACUGCUAGUCGCAAUGUCAUUGGAGAGAUAUGUGGCUGUGUGCCACCCUCUCCGACACGCCUCCGUCACUACUGUCAGGGACAUGGCGGUGUUCGUGUGCACCUUGUGGAGCUUUUGUCUGAGCAUUUUUUUCAGCUACGUGGCCGUAAUCAUUGUGGCCAGAUCAGCGGCCGCAGACAAAGACUCUCCAACUAAAGCUCGUAACACACUGCUGCUGCACCUGUUCCAGUUGAGCCUCUGCCUCUUGGUAGGAUUUGUGGAGCGGAUCGUAACCAUCACCCUAACCACCUUCUCCUACUCAAUCAUCUUUUUUGUCAACGGGGCUAUGUUGUUCACCUUGAGGAGUAAAGGUGUUUUUCGGGAAACGGCGCGCUACAUCCUGCUGUUCAACCUGCUGCUUGUAGACACGCUUCAGCUAAGCGUCAGCCAGCUAAUGUACUGUCUGAGCGCCUCUCACUUCACCCUCUCGUAUCCCGUGUGCGGCUUUCUCUGCUUGUUUGCCAGUCUUCUCACUAGAAUGUCUCCUGUACUGCUAGUUGCAAUGUCAUUGGAGAGAUAUGUGGCUGUGUGCCACCCUCUCCGACACGCCUCCGUCACUACCGUCGGGAACACGGCGGUGGUCGUGUACGCCUUGUGGAGCUUUUGUUUUUUCACUGUUCUCAUUCAGGCAUUUUUAUUUAUAUAUCAUUAUCCUUUCGACCAACUGGAGAGUCUGCAAAUGAGACAGUUGUGCAGCUACAACACCCUGCUCCUUGUUUCUGCCGGUCAAAUUCACCACACUGUUUCCACGUUUUUUGUGUUCAUCUCAGCAGGCCUGAGCAUUAUUUUCAGCUACGUGGGCGUAAUCAUUGUGGCCAGAUCAAUGGCCACAAACAAAGACACCCCAAUUAAAGCUCGUAACACACUGCUGCUGCACCUGUUCCAGUUGGGACUCUGCCUUUUGUCAGUGCUCUACAUAACUCUGUUAUCAAAGAUCGCCACUUUCUUUGAAUGGCUGGUUUUCAUGCGACUCCAAUGUUUUUUGUUUAUAUGCUUUAUCCUACUGCCCAGAGGUCUGGGUUCGCUGGUGUACGGCCUGAGAGAUCAGAGCCUCAGGGUUCUGUUUCUGUACCAUCUCUGCUGUCACGUUGAAUUGUCAGUCGCUCCUGAUUAA